AUGGCUGUUGCUAUGCGUCGCUGGUAUGACGAGGAUCUUCCCGUUCGUCACCGUGAUUCUUCGUGGGGACAGAAUGAAUGGCUUGAUGACUGGAAGGACUGGCCAAUGGACUGGCCAAAGCCAAGAGAAAUGAUGGGCAGAUUUACGAGAGACACCGAUCAGUGGUGGCGUGAUUGGCCAACCGAUUGGCCACGAAUGGAUGCAGUCAUGCCUCGCAUGACGUCUCAAUUGGAUCGUAUCGACCGCAAUUGGAGAAAAGAUCCUUUCUGGAUGGACAUCUACCCAAGAUGGGCUGAGCCAAUUUUUAAGGAUGGCAUUGACGUGCAUUCGUCAAUUACUAAUGAUGAUCGUCGUUUUGCCGUUGACAUCGACUGCUACCAGUUUAAACCAGAAGAAAUUCAGGUGAAAACAUUGGACGAUACAUUGGUAAUUGAAGGACGUCAUGAAGAUGUUAAAGAUCGUGACAACUUCACAAAAAUGUAUUUCAUUCGUAAAUAUCAGCUUCCUCAAGACUUGGAGCUGAAUCAGAUAGCCUCUUCCAUUGAUAACAAGGGUCGUUUGACAGUCGAAGCACCUCGAAAAGCUCCAUUAGCCAUCAACAGUCGUGAACGCGUAAUUCCCAUAGAAGGAGUUAAUGGCCGUCGUUCUGCCUCCAGCACAAACACUUCUCCUCGUGGUCGUCAUGAUUCUGGAUAUUCGAACGGAUACUCUUCCCGAGGGCAAACUUCUCCAAUUCACAUUCAAACAGGAGAUGAUCAGCGUGGACGUGAGAUCAGAAUCGACACCAAUUACGGAAAUGGACGAGUUGAUAACUCAAGAGAUUAUUCUUCUUCUCGGAAUGAUAAUCGAGGAGAUUAUCGUGAGCAUUUGAGCCCUAACUCUCGCGAUGGAUACACCACUUCUCAUUCCUACAGCUAUCAUCGCAGUGAAUCGAGAUCCCGCCUAUCACCUCAUGAUAUGGCCAUGUCCAAUGAGAACCGAGCAUUCGCAAACGCCAGCCCUCGUCGCACCAGCUUUGACAACCGUUCUGCUGAUCAUCAAUCAGAACGUAGUUCACCAAAUGAACAACGGUCACCAGCUCCUGGAAUAUUUGAAGAAAUCCGUGACAAGUUUGAGAAAGGUUUCCGCUCUCAAUCUCGUGGGCCGGAAAUCCGUGUUGACACUUCACGCAGUGAAUCUCGUAAUAGGGACAGAGAUUAUCACACUAAUGGAUAUUCUACUACUGACAGUAGGAAUGGGGGAUACCGUGUAGAAUCUCCUGCAUCCACUACUACUGGAAUUCUGAAAAAUACAUCUGACUUACCACCACGAGCUGAAUCACGUUCAGAAAGCCUUCGAAGUGUUCAAAUUCUCCGAAAAACUUUCGGAUAA